CGAACAUGUGACCGACCGAACCGGAAGAUAACCGUGCAGAGAAAGAACAGAGGCUGGUAACGGAGAGAUGGCAGCCGCGGCUGUGGCUGAGUUUCAAAGAGCUCGGUCUCUUAUUGGAACUGACCGGAACGCUUCCAUCGAUAUUUUACACUCUAUAGUGAAACGGGACAUCCAGGACAGCGAUGAGGAAGCGGUUCGUGUUAAGGAGCAGAGCAUCUUGGAGCUGGGCGGGCUGCUGGCGAAGACCGGGCAAGCAGCAGAGCUCGGAGGGCUCCUGAAGUAUGUGCGCCCUUUCCUCAACUCCAUUUCCAAGGCAAAAGCAGCCCGGCUGGUCCGCUCCCUGUUGGACUUGUUCCUGGAUAUGGAAGCAGCCACAGGUCAGGAGGUCGAGCUUUGUCUGGAGUGCAUUGAGUGGGCCAAGGCUGAGAAGAGGACCUUCCUCCGACAGGCACUCGAGGCUCGACUUAUCUCUCUGUAUUUCGACACAAAGUGCUACCAGGAAGCUCUACAACUUGGCUCCCAGUUGCUACAGGAGCUCAAGAAGAUGGACGACAAGGCCCUGCUGGUGGAGGUUCAGCUGCUGGAGAGCAAGACGUACCAUGCGCUCAGUAACCUGCCAAAGGCCCGCGCUGCCCUCACCUCUGCCAGGACGACUGCCAAUGCCAUAUACUGCCCGCCCAAACUCCAAGCAGCUUUAGACAUGCAGUCAGGGAUCAUUCAUGCAGCAGAGGAGAAAGACUGGAAGACGGCGUAUUCGUACUUUUAUGAGGCCUUUGAGGGCUACGACUCGAUUGACAGCCCCCGAGCCAUUACAGCACUCAAAUACAUGCUGCUCUGCAAAAUCAUGCUCAAUGCCCCAGAGGACGUCCAGGCCCUUGUCAGUGGCAAGCUGGCUCUGAGGUACGCUGGCAGACAGACAGACUCCCUGAAAUGUGUGGCACAAGCCAGUAAGAACCGGUCGCUUGCAGACUUUGAACAGGCACUAACAGAGUACAAAGCAGAGUUAAGGGAUGACCCCAUCAUCAGCACCCACCUGACAAAGCUGUAUGACAACCUGCUCGAGCAGAACCUCAUCAGGGUCAUUGAGCCUUUCUCCAGGGUGCAGAUUACACAUGUCUCCUCACUUAUCAAACUCUCUAAGGGAGACGUAGAGAGGAAAUUAUCUCAGAUGAUUCUGGAUCAGAAGUUUCAUGGUAUUUUGGACCAAGGUGAAGGUGUGCUGAUCGUCUUCAAUGAGCCAGUGGUGGACAAGACAUAUGAGGCAGCUCUGGAGACCAUUCAGAAUAUGAGCAAAGUGGUCGACUCACUUUACAACAAAGCAAAGAAACUUACAUAAGUGAGAAGAUAAGCAUCUGUCCUGUCAGGAGUGAUUUGGGCCAGUCAGUUCUUCGUUCUCCCACCUCAAUCUGGGAGGGACGACGGGGGGGAGGAGGAUGAGAAAAUUACUAACAUUCAACCUAGCAACCAAACCAACCAGUUGUCCAGAUAAAGAUGACACCCCGCACACACAGAAGAAAGAAGAAUCAGAAAGGGUGGACUCGGCAACCCUUACUCUUCUAUCAGCCCUCUUUUGUCCCUGCUUCUUCUCACUCUCUUCCUUCUUUAUCUGAUUGGAGUUGAUCAGGCACACAGUGCUCCUCCUAGUGGACCACUCGCAGCACUGCAUUUUUCUCCUCUCCCACGGCUGGUUUCUACUGUAUGUAAAAAUUGGACAAGCCUGACUUUUUCUUUCUUUUUUCUUUCUACCCCAGUUUAUGUCUGUGCUGGCCAUCAGGGAAUCUUGUAAAAUAACAAUAGAGGAUAAAUAUACAGUACCUAUAAAUACAUGUAUGAUAAACAAUGAGGAAAAAAAUCAAUCUCAGAGUGGGGGAAAUGGCACUUGGUUUGUCUGUAUCUGUUUUUCUUUGCCGACCGGCGCUGAAACUGAAUGUUUGCAUUUUUCUAUAGUUGUGGAACACCAACUACAGGCCAGCCGAUAAGUUUCUGAAUCUGCAGGGCAUCAGAGCAAACCCCUACCUUUUAUUUCAAGAGUCUGACCCCCCCUUCCCUGUACUUAUCUGACUGGUGUCACUCAUAAUGGGACUGUGGAUAACAUAGGGAACCGCUCUUCUGUCAACUCAGCACCACAGAACUUCUUCCCCUCCCUUGUAAUACCACUACCUGUUUGUAUAUAAUAUUUCCAAUUUCCAAGCCCCUCUGUUCACUCUGCCCAUCCUUACUUUUUUUGUUUUUUAUAAUGUGUAAGGACAAAGUGAACCUUGCCGUUUAAAGCUUGGAUGCUCCUUCUAAGAACUUGUCUGGUUCUGAGGGAGUCCAUUGGGCAGAAAAGGGCAGGCUUUGCUGGUGAAAAUUGAGCUAUAAAUUUUUUGGGAACUGAAUUUUGCAAAGAUUUAUGUGUUCACCAUGUAUGACUUAGAAAGAAACAAAUGCUAAUAAAAAAAAAAAAAGGAAA